AUGUCACGACUGGAUAAUAGAGUAUCGGAUAUUCAAUUUGCUGGUUCACUUGAAUUGUGCACUCUUGCGAUUCAGAGAUUCCCAAUAGAAUGGACAUAGAAUCUCGAAUAGAGAAAUGUGGUGCAAAAUACAAUUCGCUUUUGAAGUUAAACUUACCAUGUCGCCGGCAUCAUUGUUUCCCAUGGGUGAUGUGCCCAACUAUCGAUACGAUAGUUAGAUGAUGGGAUCAGUCGCUCUUGGUCAACGAACGCAAUCAGUCGGUCGGUCGGUCGGUGGAAAAAAAACGAAAUACAAUUAUGGAGCAAAGGCAAUUUACACUCAUCUGUUCGAUGCACAUACUGAUGAUCAUGAUGUGCGCCUAUGCGGAUCCUGGUUACGAUCAUCUCAAUCACAAUUUGAAUCGCAAUCCCGAAUUGGAGGACAGCAGCAUCAUCGAUGUGGACGCCACAGAACCGUUAGACUCAACGCAGCCGGCUAAGCCCAUGAUGAGUCGCAUGGGCAAACCUUCGGCGAGCUAUGCGGACUAUGAUUACUAUAUGAACACCAGGCGACCAGGCAUUGAGGCAUCGUCGAGUGAUAACGAUCUCAGUGGAUCGUCGGCGAUACGUGUGACCAGCGGACUUGAGCCAUCGAGUCAUCGUCGACCACCUGUCGAUGAAAUGAAUGUAAAAUCGCUGCCUUGGUAUGGUCAGUAUACGGGCAAAUCGCUGGCCAUGUAUCCAUCCCGAUCAUACGAUCCGUAUAUUAGACGCUACGAUCGCUUCGAUGAGCAAUAUCAUCGCGCUUAUCCGCAGUACUUUGAGGACAUGUAUGUGCAUCGUCAGCGCUUUGAUCCCUAUGACAGCUACAGUCCUCGAGUUCCCCAAUAUCCCGAACCCUAUCUGAUGUAUCCCGACCGCCAGCUGGAUACUCCGCAGUCGAGGGAUUACAUUAAGCCGCGACGCGGUGGCUACGUCGAUGAGGCAUUGCCGAUGCCAGUUCUCGACUCGUACAGCAGCAGCAAAUAUCCAGUUUCUGCCAACUCGAAGAUGUCGCCGCAGCUCUCGCUCUCGCCACGGAACGAACGUGUCGUCUAUUAUGCUCAUCUCCCGGAAAUCGUGCGUACUCCCUACGAUCUGAGUGUGCAGCGAACGGAUCGCAAUGGCGGCGGUGGAGGUGGCGUGGGAGGUGCAGCUGCAGCUCUUGUGGCGCCUGUGCCGUAUAAACUGAACAAGAAGAAGCUGAAGAGUGUGCCGAGAGCAUCGGGCGAUAAUUCCACCAGCUACAAGCAACUGUUUUAGUUGAAGGACAACUCGCAGCUAUAUCAAUACUAUAAUCAAUUUAAGCAUUUUUUUUUACUAACCGCGUUUGACGUUUAACGAAGUCGUGUGGCAGCAUUUCGUAUCGCAUCUUAACCCCAUUCGAAUUCAUCAAAAGUGUUUCACGAUUAUGCUAUACAAAUCGGUUAUAGAAGAUUAUGUAAAUCCAUAUAAUGACUCAAUUCGCAAGCAUAAUCCACAAAUUCGAGCAUAUCCUCUACAAAUGCAAAUAUAACCUUGAGGUCCUUACAUUUUAGCAUGUAUUUGUAUCGUUAAGUGAGUAGUUUCUAGUUGUUUUCAAAAUUCUUUGAACUACGUACUUUGUUUUAUAUAUAUAUUCUAAAAGCUA